GUUUUCAUUUAACUAGUGCAUCGCCUUUUCGCAGCAUCAUCUGGUAACUCUUCUUAGUUCACUCUUUGUUCUGACGGUUGUGUGUUUUUAUGUUAUAAUUUAACCAAUGAGGAGUUGCCACAAAACCUUUUUAUUUUAUUAAUUGAAUCAACUUUAUUUAUUUAUUUCAUCCAUCUAUCUAUUUAUUGUUUGCUUUUCUGAACAAUUUUUAAACCGUAAAUUUAUUUAUAUUCUUGUCAAUAUCAUUCCAGUGAAACCAUGGAGCCCUUCAAGAUUGAGGGUAACCAGUCAAAGAGCUUAGAACAAGACGAAAAAAUUAAAAAUGAUAAAUUAAGAAAGUUGAUUUAUAAAUGUACCGUCACACUAUCAAUUUCAUCACCACUCUCUUGUAAAUUACGUGAAAGAUUAGCAUCUAUUCUUCCCAAAGUUUCCUCUAACCCGUUUCCAUGGCAUGAAAAAUAUUGUAAAACUAAUAUUCGCUUACACUAUGGUGAUUAUACACCUUAUAGUAGCCAUUUACAUCCUCAAUAUAAACCACCUCGUCCAUUGAGGUCUAACACUUCUAUUGUUGAGGAAAAGACUUCUGUACCAUCAUCGUGGUCAUCAUCAUCAAAAGCAUCUGACGUUCACCACUACUCAUUUAAUCGUAAACAACGUUACCGCAGAUGGACACAAAUAGAAGAUAAAUACAGUUCUGUUUUCGAUGAAACGGAUUCUUAUAAUAAUAUAAUAACACUUGAAUCUGAUAAUAGUAACGACAGUGAAGUCAAGUCAAACCCGAGACUAUCUUCUUGGUCAACAACACCUGUUAUUUUCCCAAUAAUUGAUUUUGAUGAAAUCGUUGAAGCUCAAUUAGAGAAAGAAGCCAGGUCUAGAUUACAAUAUCAAGUAGAAUAUUCUGAUCACAAUUCCCACGUGAAUCCACCUUAUAUAAUUUUUUUCGUUCCUGAUGAUAGCAAUAAAAGCGUACCUAAUGAAACUGUUGCAGAUUUACCUCCUUCCCUUGGUUAUGAAAUAAUUCUAGAGCCUAUGAACAUAUCUUCAACAUCAUUGCCUCCUCAAACAUCAUCACCAUCAUCAUCUUCAUCAUCACCACCUAUAUCCACAUCUCCAUCUCCUGAUAGAACUAUAAUUUCAUGUGAUCAAGUAAAGCCUGAAUUAGUAAAGAAUGACAAUAAUUUAAUUCAAACGGACGUUAAACUUAUCCACAAGUCAAUAAGUGAAAUUCCCAAAAAGGAUUUUGCUCCAUUGAGAAGAUCCAUGAGAAGGGAAAAAAUUUCAAGUAAAUCCAAUUGUGUCAUCAACGAAACCAACCAGUCCUCAAUCAGAGUUGAGCCUAAGAGAACUCAAGCAACUAAUAAAAACUCUUCAUCGGUCUGUGAUAUUACCCUAUCCAAUAUAUCUUAUGGUAAUACUAAACCAAGUUUUUCCAAGGAAAUGUUAAAAACAGAGGACGUUGUGAUAAAACAUCUAUCUGCAUCAGCUGAAACCGUGAUAAAAGCUAAACCGUCUAUAAAACCCAAUAAAAGAAUUCAAGAAAAGCUGAUACCAUUGGAAACAACAACACUAAAUAGUUUAAGGAAGGUAAAUCACACUUCUUCACAGUCCAUUCGUCAUUCCAAACGAGCUUUAGACGAUGAAGUGAUGGUCAUACGAACAAAAGAUGAUAUACCUCGGAAAAAAGUUGAUACUGAUGAUGUAGUUAUGAUAAAAGUCAUGCAAUCAUCUAGACGACCAAGAUUAAGAAAAUAAAUAUUGAUUGAAACCAAAACAAUAUAUCUAAUCAUAAAGAAAAGAAUGAGAAUAUACACCUCAUUCAUUGAGAAUAAGUUUAUCAACUUGAUCACCUUUCUCUCUCUCUCUCUCCUAAUACCAGCUAAAUGUUUGAAAAUAGCACAUGAGAGAGUUCAACAGAACUUAUGUUACAAAAGUUUGACUAAAUCAUAAUGUUAGGGGCCAUUACAUCAGAACAAUUUGUAUCGUAUUUUUUUUAAUUUCAAACAGUUGAACCUGAUAAUAAAAACAUAAAUGAUUCUGUUACAUUUUUAAAACAUGUUCAGUUUUUCAUGUAACCACUUCAGGUAACUGAAGGUUACAUUUCUGUCGCGUGUGGAUUGGAAGGAAAUACAAUUACAGUAGCGGUCAAAGAAACUGUCAGUUAGAUUUUUCAAUGCUGCAAAAAAAUCAUAGUCCAGAAAGUCCUAAAGUAGCCCCAUUCUCAUCUUUGGUCAAACCUCUGAAUGGUGGUAAAACUUCAUUCACCUGUCAAAGUCUUCUAGGAUCCCCGCCAUUCCGUGUAGUCUGGCUUAAAGAUACGAAAGAGCUCUCCAGUUCUCAGUCAAGCAAAAUUCGUACAAUCGAAGAUUCAUCGAUGCUCAUCCUUGAUCGAAUUACUACUAGUCACUCUGGAAAUUAUAAAGUUGUAAAGUUUCCAACAACUUCGGAUCAGACUCUUACUCCACCGAACUGGUUAUUGAAGGUCCACCAUUCUGGAUUACUAAACCUCGAGACAUCAAAGCCAAGAUAGGGCAAACCGUAGAACUGGAUUGUAUUGCUUCAGGUUUUCCUAAGCCAGAAAUAGUUUGGAAGAAAUUCACAGAUGACAUGUGGACUAAUAUCAAUUAUCUUCAAAAUGCCCAAAUUUCGAAUGGUCACUUGAUUAUCAAUUCAAUUGACCGUCUUCAUGCUGGAAGUUAUGGAUGUUCUGCUUCAAACAAAAUCGAACCUAAUCUUUGGACUGAAUUUGUCUUUAGCGUUGAAGGUAAACUUUUUUAUGAAGUUAAUUGUCUUGAUGAUUGGCACUUUCUUACGUGUUAAUUCUUAAAAUUAGUUGACAACUCUUGCUUUCUGUCUGAAUCUGUUAUACUUGUUCACUUUGUAUUUUUCUUAUACUUUGCUUAAAAAUUGGCGCUUUUGGCCAAAAUAACAUUGUUAUUGAAUGAUAUCUUAUUUCAUAGCUGACAUAAUAUUUAUUUGAACUGGAAAAAUCGAAAUCUUAUAUUAAUCUACAAAAUGUCUAAAGUGGUGACAUU